AUGCUGAUAUGACAGUGCUUCAGUUAAAACAAAGAAAUGAUGAGAAUAUAUAUAACUGGUCGAAAAGCGCAUGGUAUAACAUUUGAUGAUUCGAACGCGACGCGAAAGUGAUUCGAGUGACGAGUGAUAACUGGUUAGGAAGCACAUGGUAUCACAUUUGAUGAUCCGAAUGCGAUGCGAAAAGUGAAUUAGCGCGACAUGAAAAAUGAAUGAUCAGUUUAAUGAUCUGGAAAACUUUGUAAAUGAUGUAAAUAAUGAAAAUUUUGUGAAUGAGGUGCUUCAAAUGGAUGAUGGCAACGUGAUGGACGUUAUAGAUGUUAACUUUGAAGAUGUGAUAGAUGAUGAGGAUGAAGAGAGUGUAGUAUCUGAGGACAUGUGAUAAAAAUGGAGAAUAAUUUCGAGCAAGUGGAACGCGAGCUGUUGGAGCAAGCAAAUGGAGUCGCUAACUUGGGCGAGUGUUUUAUGUGGUUGCAACGAUGUGACGAAUUUAUACAACAGCUUGAGGAACAUAGCCGCAUCAAGCGUCCUCGGCUUGCCGUCGGACAGAGACAAUCGUUGGUUGCGAGGAUCGCGCGACUCGAAAGUGAAAAAACAUUAUUACAAAGACGUUUUGUACAUGUAGGCGGUAAUUACGCGAGCACUAGUAAUAACGCGAAUAAACUCGUGUGGCGGGAAAUAGAUGCAGCGUUCGAGAAUCGCAUUCAGACAGGUGCAGUGAUAAAUACAAACUAUAUUGAACCGCGAACGUUUUUAGAAGACGCAGGCGGUAUAGUGCUCGAGCGAGUGCGGGACGCUCUAGAGGAACACAACAGUGUGAAAGUAAACACUGCGUUUAAUGGUGUGUUUGUAACGGGUGAUAACCGUGAAAACAAAAGUAUAAACACUAAAAAUUGUGAAUUAUUCCAAACGUCGGACUUGGACGAGUGGUAUGAGCGACGCGUUAUCGAGCCCACAUUAGCAUCACUCGAAGAGUUUCAAGAACGUGAUAGCGGGUGGGCGCUAUCGCGAAUUCUCAAUUUGACUCUAAAUAUAAAUAAGUACAAUCCUCUACACGCAGGGUGUCACGUGACGUUACCGCGAGAAAUAAUAAUGAAACGUGCGGUAGUGAACGUUAAUUCAAAGGACAAUGCAUGCUUCGCGUGGUCAGUGGUCGCUGCGCUAUAUCCUGCCAAAAGAAAUUCAGAAAGGGAGUCAUCAUAUCCGCAUUAUACAACAGUCCUAAAGUUUGAUGACAUUGCGUUUCCCGUUACAGUAAAGGACAUUGGAAAAUUUGAGAGUCUUAACAAUAUAUCGAUCAACGUCUACGGGAUGAAAAAGGAAAUGGCAAUGCUAAAGAUUCUUCCGCUGCGGCUCUCCAAUGACAAGAAAGAGAAGCAUGUCAAUUUAUUAUACGUACAAAAUCCGCACGAAGACAGCGUGGGUCACUUUGUCUGGAUAAAAAAUCUGUCCCGCCUCAUCAGCUCCCAACUGAGCAAACAUGAUGGAAAAAGAUACAUUUGCGAUCGGUGCUUGCACUAUUUUUCAUCAUGCGAGAGGUUGCAAUCACACACUGUAGACUGUCAGAGGAUGAACGACUGCGCUAUCACAUUGCCCGCUGAAGACGACAAGUGGUUAAAUUUCCAGAAUGUAAACCACAAGGAACGAGUGCCCUUUAUCGUCUACGCGGACCUCGAGUGUGUGCUGCGGAAGACGCAACAUGAUACAGAGCAAGCGUCAUACACAUAUCAACAACAUGAGGUAUUCAGCAUCGGGUAUUACGUGCGAUGCUCAUACGACGACGCGUUAUCUACGUAUAGGUUUCGUCGCGAUAAAAAUUGCGUCGCAUGGUUCACUAAACAACUUGAAGAAUUAGCGUAUAAUGUUAAAACUCGUUUAUCCACUAAUGUCCCCAUGGAAACGUUAUCGAAAGAACAAUUGGAGGCAUACCGUAGCGCGACGCGGUGUCAUAUCUGCGAUAAGCCGUUUGCGCCAGACGAUACGCGAGUGCGCGAUCAUUGUCACCUGACCGGUCGUUACCGCGGUCCAGCACAUUCUCUUUGUAAUCUAAAUUAUCGAAAUGUAUCAUAUAUACCAAUUAUUUUUCAUAAUUUAUCUGGAUACGAUUCACAUUUCAUUAUUAAGGAAAUAGCCACUGCGUUCAAAGGGAAGACCGACAUACUCCCCAUCACGAAAGAAAAGUACAUUUCUUUCACAAAACAUGUCAUAGACACAGCCGAUAAAUUAAAUCCACGCAAUUACAUAAAACUACGGUUUAUAGAUUCAUAUAAAUUUUUAAAUACUAGUCUCGAAAAAUUGGCAUCGUUUCUAGGUAAAGAAAAAUUAAAAAUUGUACGUUCCAAAUUUUUACACUUGUCUGACAAGGAUUUCGAUUUAUUGACACGAAAAGGUGUAUUUCCGUACGAGUACGUAGAUUGCGUGGACAAGCUGCAGGACAUAUGUUUACCGCCGCGCGAAUUAUUUUUCAGUUCCCUGACCGGUGAUACUGUAUCCGAGAGCGAUUACGCGCACGCCGAGAAUGUCUGGGAGCGAUUCUCCGUUCGAACGUUGGGUGAAUACAGCGAUCUAUAUUUGAAAACGGAUGUGUUAUUGUUAGCUGACAUUUUUGAAAAUUUUCGCGAUAAAUGCUUAGAAAGUUACGGUCUCGAUCCAGCACAUUAUUACACUCUCCCCGGAUACACGUGGGACGCUAUGUUAAAAUAUACAAAAAUUACUUUCGAACUGCUUACUGACAUUGACAUGGUAAUGUUCAUCGAACGCGGUAUACGUGGUGGCCUCAGUCAAUGUUCAGGCAGACAUGCGCGAGCCAAUAACAAGUACAUGCAGACGUACGACCCAUUGAAACCAUCUUCAUAUCUUAUGUACUUUGACGUCAAUAAUUUGUACGGAUGGGCAAUGUGUCAGCCACUGCCCUAUGGAGAAUUUCAAUGGGUCGAAGAUGUCUCUAAUUUUGACGUGUGUGCGAUCGCUCCUGAUUCACCAACGGGAUACAUUCUCGAAGUUGAUCUCGAGUAUCCCCGAGACCUUCACGAUGAGCACACUGACCUACCUUUCUGCCCGACACGCGAUAAACCGCCAGGCAAGCGUGAAUAUAAACUUUUAGCGACUUUGUAUGAUAAGAAACGUUAUGUCAUUCACUACCGCAACCUGCAGCAGUGCACGCGUCACGGUCUUCAUAUCGCGAAGAUACACCGUGUGUUAAAAUUCGCACAAUCUCCAUGGCUCUGUAAAUAUAUAGAGUUAAACACACGAUUCCGAACCAUCGCUAAAAAUGAUUUCGAAAAAAAUUUGUAUAAACUCAUGAACAACGCGGUGUUCGGUAAAACAAUGGAGAAUGUGCGCAAUCAUGUUGACGUUAAAUUGUUGACGACAUGGGCGGGGCGGUAUGGUGCGGAGACAAUGAUCGCGAAACCAAAUUUUCAUAGUCGAAGUAUUUUUGCAGAAAAUUUAAUCGCCGUUGAACUUAAAAAACUCGAGGUAAAAUUAUAUAAGCCGAUUUACGUAGGUAUGUGUAUCCUAGAUAUUUCUAAGACGUGUCUAUAUGAAUUUCAUCACGAAUACAUGCUACCUUUAUAUCGUGACAAAUGUAGAGUCAUGUACACCGACACUGACAGUCUCAUAUACCUCGUCGAGUGUGAGGAUAUUUACGAGACGAUGAAACGCGAUAUCGCUAGGUUUGACACGAGCGAUUAUCCAGUCGAUAACGCGUACGGUAUGCCUCUUGAGAAUAAAAAAGUUCCGGGUCUAAUGAAAGAUGAGAACAAUGGUAUAAUAAUGACUGAGUUCGUUGGACUUAGAGCAAAGAUGUAUGCGUUGAAGGUGGAUGGAAAGAAGGAUACGAAAAAGGCGAAAGGUGUCAAGAAUAGUGUAGUAGCGCGAACCAUAACGUUUGAUGAUUACACCCAGUGUUUGAGAGAUGAGAUCGAGAUGACGCGUCGCCAAUCAUGCAUAAGAUCCAAGAUGCAUGAAGUAUACACGGUGUCCGAAACGAAAAUUGCUUUGAGUCCGUACGACGAUAAGAGAUACCUUAUACCCGAUUCAGUUGAAACGUUACCAUGGGGACAUUAUCGAAUACCGCUAUAAUAUUUUAUAUUUUAUAUAC